CUGGGCAAAACUUGCGUCUCUCUGUUUUACAGGCUGGCCACACCAGUCCAGUCAUGGCGGCAGCUCUCAUGAACACGAGUUCCUUCCACCUCUUGACAAGGUUUCUCAAUUCACGAGUUCAGACUUCCUUGCUAAGCAGAGAUGGGUAAAAACCCUAGGUUACAUAGAGGUCCAAGUUUCCCAUCUGCUCUCUCAAACAAGCAAGUUCCAUCUACCGAUUCAGUCUACGUCGAUUUCAGAUACGUUCCAAUCAAUCUUCGACUUCAGAAUGGAAGAUGAAGAAUGCAAUUUGCUAAUAGAACCAAGGCAGAGGAUUGUGCAGGAAUUUUCAGAUUUUAUGACAAGGGUUGCAGAGUUUGAGGAGUUGGCAGCUGUGGGAAGUAGGCUACUUAUUGGUUUUCAGCAAGGGCUGGAGUUUCUUCGACGUCCUCCAAUAAACAAGACAUCAGAAUUGGUUGAGAAAAUCAUUAAAUCCAAUGAAACUAAAAGGGUUAAAUCAUAUGUUGAAGCUGGAUGUAUCAACUCUCAUGACAGAACACAAAACAUAAGCAAGUUACAUACAUGCCAACUUGGACUGCAGGACCAUUUAAGUAAAGCCAAAUGCAUACUCAGUGAAAUAGAAAGCCUGAUAGAUGAUGUAGUUGGAGGAAUGCAAACUACAAAUGAAAAUCUAUCAGACUUGCAGGAUAGGUAUUUUGACAAGUGGGAUCAACAAGAACCUGCUUAUGACAAGGGAGAAAUAGCAUCAACUCAUGCUUCUCAUCUUAAAAAACAUGAAGCAACUGAUUAUGCUGCCAUGAUGGGUAUAAUUUUCAGUAUGGUGAAGCAAGAUCAUGUAAUGCAGGAAAGGAUUGUUUCUUCUCUGAAUCUUAAAUCAUCAACAGGUGAAUUGGAGAGCUAUUGCCUGUUGUGGUCUUUGCGCCCUUUCAUAAACGAUGAAAUCAUGCACCAAGCCUGGAAGCUUCUUCCCUGAUUGUCACAGCAAGGCCGGAGAACUCGACCGCAGAGGAACUUUUCUCCGGCGAUAUUCACAAGAUCUUGGGGUUAGCAGCAAGCCAAGAUGUCCGGAAAACGAUA